GAACGGUUCGUCAAUGUUCUCCAGUGCCAGUCUAUAUCCGCAUAAACUCUUGUGCGUGUGCUCCGUGAAAAUCCUUCGAAGUGCUUCGAAAAAACUCUCUACUUACGGAGACUUGUGAUCAGUGAACACUAGUGAUCUUGGAUUAUACAAAAAUUAGUGUCGUUGAAUAAACAAUUAACUAUGGUGAACAUGGAGAGUGCAAGUGACCAACACACAGUGACGUCUUCACCACCUCCUAGAACCACCACAAAAACAAACUUCAGCAUUCGCAGCAUCCUCCCAGAAGCUUGCGAUGUUACUCCUGCACCUUCCGUCAGUCAAUCGCUCUCAUCUGUCGAUCAUGUUGACGACAGUUGUGAUUCCAGUGAUCUCGACGUGACCGGCAACGGUGCCGAAACACCACCUCUGGACUGUUCAAGAAAUUCCUCUUCUUGCAGUCCCGGCUCACAAAAAGACGAGGUGAGCGAAGAAAAGAAGAAGUCCCAGAAACCACCAUACAGUUAUAACGCCUUGAUCAUGAUGGCCAUCAGACAAAGUCCCGAAAAGAGGCUCACACUCAACGGCAUCUACGAGUACAUCAUGCGCCACUUUCCUUACUACGAAAACAACAAACAGGGAUGGCAAAACUCCAUCCGGCAUAAUCUCUCGCUCAACAAGUGUUUUGUCAAAGUACCGAGACAUUAUGAUGAUCCAGGAAAGGGCAACUACUGGAUGUUGGACGCAAGUUCUGAGGAUGUCUUCAUCGGAGGAACCACCGGAAAGUUGAGGAGAAGAACAACUGCAGCUUCCAGGUCCAGAUUGGCAGCCUUCAAAAGGAGUGUUGCAGUUAUGGGUGGAUUUUAUCCAAGUCCUUAUGCUCCACCAGGAUGGCCACCAUCUCUAUACAGUGUACCUUAUCUUCACAGACCUUCAUAUACUCCAGUUACCGCUAGUUAUUCGACUCCUGCUGGUUAUCCAGCGGGUUUAUUGCCUGGUGCUGUGACAACUAGUUCUCCAAGUAUGCCAUGCAGGCCCCAAGCUUUGCCUGCGACGGCUGCACCUCCGGCUCAUGGAGCUUUCUCAAUGGAAAGGCUACUCCAGGCUCCAGUUGGAAUAAGUGCAUCCGGACUCAAUCCGGCUGCCAGUCCUUAUGAUAUUUACGCCACUUUGAGAUCCUUGGCUGCACACCAGCAACAGGUGGCUUUUAAUCAGCAGCCACGGUAUCAGUUCAAUCAGAUGAUGAGCCAAUCUGCAUCAACGACCGCAUCGCCAGGGAGCAGUCCUGAACCCAUGUCUCCACAUUCGCCGCCGGCUUCGAUGUGCAACAAUGUUAGCCAACAACAAAUGAGCAUGUCUCACAAUCCUCAGCUCCUCCUGAAACCGAUCACCGUCCUCACUGGGAGGCAGAGUUGAAUCGUUGGUGAGAUAUUUUAAAAUUGUGAGAAAAUUUAUAUUUCCUGCAUCCUGAGACAUCAGAAUGUAUUUGGAGAUUACUUGAUUUUAUGUAUUGUGAAAUGGGUCUUGGCUGCCACUGUUAACAGUAUUUAUUGAAAGAAAAUAUUUUUCUGUACCAUAAAACUCAGUUGUACAAUUAUGUGACCUUUUUACUUUUGUAUGUUUUUCUGAAACCAGUUACAAUAACUCUUAUUUUGUUAAUUUUAAUAUAUCACUGAGUUUAUUGGAGAAUAUUUUACCCCUGCAAUAGUCUAUUUUAGUAUAUUUAUGUUUAAUUUAUUAUUUGCAUAUAAUUCUUGAUUUCGUUCUCAACAAUUACUGCAUCAAACUCUUUCCUCUGUAUUUAAUUUUUUUAUGUAAUUCUCAAUAUUUCUCAAGGAGGAAAGUGGCAGUCAGUUUUAGCUUUCGAAAAUCGAUCCAAAAGUUGUUGCGUUCAUCAUUUCUGAAAUGAUACAAAGUUUUCAUAUGAUGGUAUACGAUAAUUUUACUAUAAUGGUACUAAAUGUAUUCACAGAAGUUCAUUACAAAAAAUUCGAAAUAUUAUAUUUCGGGAUAGCAAUCAAAUUUUAAUCUAUUAUCGUGACCCAUCAUUUGAUUAAAAAUUCGAUACCAGUGUAUAGAGUCGAGUUGAGAACUCGAGAAUUUUGUUUAACCAAAUGUUAGGCUAGUUCAAAGGCUUAUUGAGCCUAUUCAACGUGAUCUUUAAUAUGUGUAGAAAAGUGCUAAAUUUGUAAAUAUUUGGGUAGGCGUAACGCGUCAGACGUGAUCUCCCUUUUGUUUUAAUGUAUAAUGUAUAUUGUAGAUGAACUAAUACGCCAAUUGUACAUAUAGGAGAUCUAGUAAUUAUGAAUUUACCAAAUUAUAAAUGAAGAUGCGAUUGUACAUACAAAAUAUGAAAAUGAAGAGAGAAUGUGUGGGAGAAAUGUUUAAGAUGGUCGAAGAUAAUAAAUGUUAAAACCUUUUUCAUAUAAA